GAACUAAAAGAGAGCAAGUGGGGAGCGCCAGCAGCUCCAGCCUGGGCCGCCUUCCUGGGAAGAUGCAGCCGCUCCUGCUCCUGCUCUCACUGGCCUUUUUACUGCCCCCCAGGGCAGAGGCAGGGGAGAUCAUCGGGGGCCAUGAGGCCAAGCCCCACUCCCGCCCCUACAUGGCGUAUCUUCAGAUCCAGGACCAGGAUAAUCGAAGUCGGUGCGGUGGGUUCCUGAUCCGAGAAGACUUUGUGCUAACAGCCGCUCACUGCUGGGGAAGCUCAAUCAACGUCACCCUGGGGGCCCACAACAUCAAGAACAGAGAAGACCAGCAGGUGAUCCCAGUGAGAAAGGCCAUCUGUCACCCAGACUAUAACGAGAAGCGCAUCUCCAAUGACAUCAUGUUACUGCAGCUGGAGAGAAAGGCCAAGCUGACUAAGGCUGUGAAGACCCUCAGCCUGCCCGGGGCCAAGGCCAGGGUGAAGCCAGGACAGGUGUGCAGUGUGGCCGGCUGGGGGCAAGUGGAGAGGGGUAUUUACACAGACACACUGCAGGAAGUAAAGCUGACCUUGCAGAAGGAUCAAGAGUGUGACUCCUACUUGCCUAAUUAUUACAACGGUAACACCCAGCUGUGUGUAGGAGACCCAAAGAAAAAGCAAGCUACCUUUAAGGGGGACUCUGGAGGGCCCCUCGUGUGUAACAAUGUGGCCCAGGGCAUUGUCUCCUAUGGAAAAAAGGAUGGAACACCUCCACGAGCCUGCACCAAAGUCUCAAGUUUCCUGCCCUGGAUAAAGAAAAUCAUGAAAAGCCUCUAACAGGGACCAGCUGUCCUGCCUGGAGCUGAUCCAGAGUCACACUCGGGGGCUUGGGGUGCCGGCUGCUGAAUAAAUGUC